GGAAGGUUGCUGUCCUCCGAUUGGUCCGCGGCGGCGUGACGUCAUCUUUCCGCGAUUUCCAUUUCUGGACAAUUCAAAAUGGCGGAUUGAUAAUAAAACAUCCACGGUUUAUUUUUUUUGUUGUUGAUGGAAACCUCUCAUUUACAGUCAUUAUGGCAGACAAAAAAAGCAAGUCUACGGGAGUGAAGCGGGUGCUGACGAAAAAAGAGCAGGAGGAGAUCAAGAAAAAGGAGGAAGAGAAGGCCGCUGAAGUGUUCGAGGAGUUCUUGGCAUCUUUUGAUGGCAGUGAGAAGAGCGGAGUGAAGACGUUUGUACGAGGGGGAAUUGUGAAUGCCACUAAAGAUGAGGAGGCAGCGGAGGUGAAGAAGAGUAAACUCUACAGACCCGCCUCGAAAUUCACUCCAGCAUCUCAGAAUGUCUCGCCAUCGUCUACAGAGUCUAAGAGAUCUGUCGCUAAAAAGAAAACAGAAGAGAAGAAGAAGAGUAACCUGGAACUAUUUAAAGAGGAGCUCAAGCAAAUACAGGAGGAGAGAGAGGAGCGCUACAAAAGGAAGAAGAAUGACCCGGGAGGAGUGCACACAGAUCUGGACCUACCGUUAACACGGCGGUCAAUAUUCGAUGAUGAUCCCACGGUGCCCACUACAACUAACCUUUAUAUCGGCUGCAUCAAUCCCAAGAUGACGGAGGAGAUGCUGUGUAAGGAGUUUGGGAAGUACGGCCCGUUAGCCAGCGUUAAGAUCAUGUGGCCUCGGACGGAAGAAGAGAGGACCCGAGUGACCAACCGUGGCUUUGUCGCCUUCAUGACACGGAAGGAUGCAGAAAGGGCGCUGGCCGCUUUAGAUGGUAAAACGGUGAUGGGUUUUGAGAUGAAGCUGGGCUGGGGGAAGGCCGUGAGAAUCCCGCCUCAGCCCCUGUACACUCCUGUAGGAGUGCUGAAGCCCACGGCCCCGCCUCCUCCCUCAGGCCUGCCCUUCAACGCCCAGCCCCGAGACCGCUUCCGCAACGACUUCUCCAAAUCCCGCAGCCGCACAUCUGAUGACUUCUACAAGACUCUGUACGACGCCGUAGUGACAGUGGUUAUCCCAUCAGAAAGGAACCUGCUGUGCCUCAUCCACAGGAUGAUUGAGUUUGUGGUGAGAGAGGGACCCAUGUUCGAGGCCAUCAUCAUGAGCCGAGAGAAGAACAACCCAGACUUCAGAUUUCUGUUUGAUAAUAAGUGUCAGGAGCAUGUGUACUACAGAUGGAAGCUCUUCUCUAUACUGCAGGGUGAAAAUCUGAGCGAGUGGAAGACGUCAAUGUUCCGAAUGUUCCGGGGCGGCUCUCUCUGGAGGCCCCCUGUCCUCAAUCCCUAUCUCCAUGGAGACGAGGAGCCUGAGGAUGACCCCUCCCCUUUCCAGGAGGAGGAGCUAAAGAAAGGGCAGCUCAAACCUGAGCACAGGGAGCAGUUGGAGGUGUUACUGAGGGGUUUAACCCCCCGUAGGGUGGAGAUCGGUGAUGCCAUGCUCUUCUGUCUGGAGAGAGCGGAGGCUGCAGAGGAGGUGGUGUCCUGCAUCGCUGAGUCACUCUCUAUGAUACAGACACCACUGCAGAAGAAGGUUGCGAGGCUUUAUCUGGUGUCGGACAUCCUGUACAACUCCAGUGCCAAAGUCUCAAACGCAUCCUACUACCGCAAAUACUUCGAGUCGAAGCUGCCGCAGAUCUUCAGCGACAUGGGCGAGGCGUACCGGAACAUCCAGGCCAGGCUGCAGGCCGAGCAGUUCAAGCAAAGGAUCAUGACUUGCUUUCGUGCCUGGGAGGACUGGGCAAUCUACCCAGAAUCCUUUCUGAUCCAGCUGCAAAACAUCUUCCUGGGGCUCAUCAAACCAGGAGAGGAACUGCCCGAAAGGACAGAGACCGCCUCUCCUGAUCUGGACGGCGCUCCGUUAGACGGCGUUCCUCUGGACGGGACGGAACUGGACGGGACGCCGCUGGACGACCUGGACGGAUCUCCCAUGCCCUGGGAGCCAUCGUCUAUCGACGGCGUCCCUGUGGACGAUAUCGACGGCGUCCCGCUCGGCCCUGCGAUGGACGACAUCGACGGCGUGCCACUGGACGAAGGCUUGGAUAAGACGUUACCGAGCGUUGCCUUGUCUAAGUGGGAGCGAGUGGAUGACGUGGAACACUCGGCUAAAUCCAACUCCGAGGAUGAGAUGAGUGCGAGCGGCGUGAAGGAGAACGAAGCGGACUCGGAUGACGACAGCAGCAGUGACGAUGCAGCGAGCCCCAGCAGGUUCGAGGGGGCGGAGUUUAAAAGCAGCCUGCGCAACUUCGAGAUGUCGGAGAGCAAGCGGACCCGACUCCGAGAGCUGGAGGUGAAGGUGAUGAAGUUUCAGGACGAGUUGGAGUCAGGGAAAAGGCAGAAGAAAUCCAACAUGAGCCUUCAACAGCAAGUUCAACACUACAGAAACAAAUUGCUACAGAAGGAGUUCGAUAAGGACGAAGAGGAAAAGAGGGAGAAGUCGUCGAGCAAACAGAAGGACAAGGCGAAAAAGGAGGAGCGGAGAGACAGAGCGGAGGACAAGAGCAAAGGGAAAGAGCGGGAUAGAGAGCGGGACAAGGAGAGGGAUCGAGAGAGGAGUAAGAAGAGCGAGGACCGAGAGAGGAGCAGGGGACGGAGCCGGGAAGGCGAGGACAAGAGAGAGAGGACGAGGUCGCGUUCUCCGCGGAAGUCCAAGCGUUCCCGUUCUCCGUCUCCACAGCGCAGGUCCAGGCGCUCCUCGUCCCGAUCUCCGCACCGCUCGCACAAGAAAUCCAAGAAGAGCAAACACUGACCUCUGUGACCUUCUGUUUCUCAAGCAGCUCGAUGGACUGCACCCGCGAACUGCUCACCCCACACACACACACACACACGCACACACCCUCCCUGUAACGCGUCACAACUGGACUCGAGCCAGGAGUUACUGUCUGUACGUCUCCCAGAAUCCUCCUCUUCGUGGCUGCUCUGAUUCUAGACAAGGCGUCGGCCCAGGGUUUUUUUUUUUUUUUUUUGUAAAAUGAAGUUGAAACAUUUAUUUGUACAGGUGUCUUAGUUUUGUCCUUUUAAGGAAAGUCCCUCUGUAAAGAUUUAUGAUGAUUGGUCUCACAAUCUUUACAAUAAACAGCUCUUGGUGGUAACUGA